AACGAGGAUUUCAGAAAAUAAAAUUGGUUUUAUGCUCGGGAGAUCAACAAUUGAAACUAUUUAUCUUUUAAGAAGUUCAAUGGAAAAGUUUAGGGAAAAGAAGAGGGACUUGCAUAUAGUUUUUAUUGACUUGGAGAAAGCAUAUGAUAGACUGAGGUCAUUAAGGAUGUGUAUGACAGAGCAGUGAGUAGCGUUAGGAUUGUAUGAGGGGAAUCUAGAGAUUUUCCAAUCGCAAUAGGUGUACAUGAAGGUUCUACUUUGAGUCCUUUUUACAUUAGUGAUUGAUGAAUUUACUAGGAAUAAUCAAAUGAGAUUUUUUGGUGUACGUUAUUUGCAGAUGAUAUUGUGCUGAUUGAUGAUAAUAGUGGAGUGGAAUCUAAGCUAGAACUUUGGAGAGCUACAAUAGAAUCUAAAAGGUUUAGGAUAUGUACGAAUAAGACAGAAUAUAUGAAAUGUAAUUUUAGUAAUGCAAGGAGUAACAGUGGAGUGAAGAUUAAACUUUAUAAUCAAGAGAUUAAUAGCAAAGUGCAAAUAUAGAUAUCGAUCUAUUAUGCAAGGAGAAGAGGAAAUUGAAGAUGUAGUACAUAAAAUUAAAACAAGUUGUGUGAAAUGGAGGAGUGCGUCAGAUGUGUUGUGUGAUCGUAGAAUACCCUUAAAAUUAAAAGGUAAGUUUUAUAAGAUGGUUAUAAGACCAAUUAUGUUUUAUGAUUCCAAAUGUUAGGCAACUAAGAAACAACAUGUACAAAAAAAAUAAAAGUUGCUAAAAUGCUAAUGUUGAGGUGGAUGAGUGGUAUAACAUUAAAAAAUAAAGUAAGAAACAAGCAUAUACCCAAUAAUUUAGGCAUAGCACCAGUUGAAGACAAGAUAAGAGAGUGGCAGCUUGAAUGGGUUAGGCAUUUGAAAUGCAGGUCUAGUAAAGCGUUUGUGAGUGAGUUAUUGUUUCUGGCAUGAAAAGGGUAAGGGUAGGGGUUGACCUAAAAUAACUUGGAAUGAGGGAUUUAACAGUCCUUAAUUUAAUAGAGGAAAACACUCUCGGUUAGGUAAAUUGGCGAAAAAGGAUUUAUGUAGCUGAUCCCACCUAUUGAGACUAAAGGUUUGUUGGAUUUAUUGUUUUUUUUAUAAAAUUUUUUAACAUGAUAUAAACCUGUGAUGUAAGAAUAUUUUCAGUUUCCAAUACCACAAACCAUUGCUUACACAAACCUGACAAUUACAUUGUUUGAUUUUCCCUUUGGUUAAUCUUAUAAGUACAAGACAGAUUGCAGUUGUCAUCUAUGCUACUUUUGUUAAAUAUAUCAACAUAGGUUGUAAUUUAUUUUUUUGUUGCAGAAUGCUUAUGUCUUUUGUGCAUGGGUUUCUUGUGGAGCCAAGAGUUAGGAAAAACAAAACACAUGGUUUCCUGAUUUGAGUGAUUCUUUUUAGUCCAUCCAUGCAGAACAAAUAUUGCCAACUUUGAGCUCUGAUUGCACUGUUCAGUUAGCAUGAUAAAUUUUACGUCUUAGAUGAGUGUAGAUGCACCCAAGCUAGUGACUCAGUGUGUUAUUUGAAAUUUAAGAACCAUUUGUUGAUUUUCACAAAUUUUUUCAGAAAAUAUUUUGAAAAUUUGAAGCAAUCUUUGGGCUUUUGUGGGGUUUUAUUUCUGCAGUUCAUGUUUGUAAAAUAUGGCAAAUUGUUCAAUAUUGUCUCCACUGUCCCUGAGGCCUGAGGAUAAAAAUUGCCCUACAAAAUUUUUGCAAUGACAAUUAUGUGUUGCAGUUAUCAAUCAUGCAUAAAUUCAAUGAUUGCAAAAAAAGAGAGCGCAUUUAAAGGUAGAAGAAAACAGAAAGGUGAAAUAUGACUUUUAUCAUUCAUGAUUUCACUGGAGACAUCUAUCUAUAUUGUUCCAAGUUAUCCAAAUGCAUAAAAUCUGAUGUCGCUUGUGAGUACAAGCUGACUUGUAGCUCCAGCUGGGUGCUCAUAAUUUGAAUGAAGAAGGAAUCAUGAUAAAGCUUAAUUGUUUUUUUCAAAUAUCUGAUUAAUGUAAUUAGUAUUUGGGAGCAAGGAUUUCGUGGCUUGAAUUUAAAUGUGUAGAUUUGAAAGAAAUACAAUAUAAUUUUGUGUUAUAUUUUUUCAAACUUAUAUAAAUUUAGAUUUGAGGCUCAAAAUCUAUACCAGACGCAGGGUUAGUGGUUUUGGAAUACAGAAUUUUUCAAGGCCUGACGGCCUUCCAGCACAAUAUCUCAUUCUUGUCAGAAACGCUUUUAUUUUGUCAAUUCUCUGCCAAUUGUGUCUGUCUCUUGCAUUUUAAUGCCUGCAGCUAUGGGACAUGGAGCUGGUGCACCAGAUCUCAUCACAUCCAGCUGUUCAAAGAUUAGUUGUUCUGGGAACUCUUUGCGCCCUCGAACUUCGAGCAGAAGGCUGUAAUGCUGGGUAUGGCUCGCUUUAUGCAACUGCUCUUCUCAGGAAGCUGCGGGAAGAUGGUGUCUACAUGAGGCCUCUGGGUAAUGUCAUUUAUCUCAUGUGCGGGCCCUGCACAUCUCCUCACAUAUGUACCCAACUCCUCCUCAAGCUUUACUGCGGGCUCGAGGAAUUCAGCCAAUCUAAGCAGCCGAUGUGAAGUGUUUUGAAUUAUAAAAUUGACUUCUUUCUUGUCAGCAUGCGACGCCAUGAUGCUAUGCUGCGCAUGGAUAAUAUCAUUAUGCCUGUAGAUCCAAUAAUAGCAGCUUGCGCAUGCAUAGUUGCACGGACCUUCUGUUGUAUGGUAAGCAAUAGCAUUUAAAAGGAUCCAUUUGUGGGACCCAAGGCUUCGAGGAACUAGAGUAGAGUCCAGGCAACGAAGUUAAGUGGCUCAUAAUCAUAUGGGAGAGGCAGAUCUAACUUUUGAAGAGCAACGUCCAAAAUUGAUGGAAAUUAUUAUAAAAACUGUGUCUCCCCCAGCUUCUGGCGAAAAGGGGCUAUUAGAAAAGAAAAGAAAAAUUAAAAUUUUGAGCUGCAAGGUGUUUUGAAAACAAUUGUAAUGAUUGAAAUAUGUUUGUAUUUUUAUAAGACGCAACAAC